AUGCCGGCCGCAGUAGAACCAGCCCGAGUCUACACCGUCUCCGGCGGCGGCGCUGCCACGUCCGGCGCUGCUGGCACCUCGUUCAACUCCUCCUCGCUUCCCGACCUUCUGCGCAAGUCCGGGUCUUCCAACAAGCGCAAGAAGCGCAAGACAGCCCUCAAGGACGAAGAGAUCCUCUCGCGCAUCGAGCUUAUCCAGGACUUUGAGUUCCCCGAGGCCUCCAACCGCCUCGCAGCGACACGCGAUGGGCAGAGCAUCGUUGCGACAGGAACAUACAAGCCGCAGAUCCGCGUAUGGGACUGCGAGCAGUUGAGCUUGAAGUUCGAGCGGCACACGGAUGCCGAGAAUGUCGACUUUCUGAUGCUAUCCGACGACUGGACCAAGUCUCUCCAUCUCCAAACCGACCGUACCGUGCAGCUUCAAGCGCAAGGCGGAGCGCAUGCCCGCGUCCGCAUACCCAAAUUCGGCCGCGCUCUGGGGUACCACUUCCCUUCCGCAGGCGCGAUCGUCGCCGCCGCUGGCCGCGAGGUGUACCGUCUCAAUCUGGACCAGGGACGCUUUCUCGCACCGUUCGUCCUCGGUGGCGGGGAUCUGGGCGAGCCAACGGGAUGCAAUGCAGUGGACGUCAAUCCGGCACAUGGGUUGUUAUGCUUUGGAACGGAGGGGACGGGUGUUGUUGAGAUGUGGGAUGCACGCAUGCGCAAACGGGCGGGCGCUCUGAGCGUGGCGACGGAGACGGUCUUGGACGCUGCACUGCUGAUCGCGCGGCGAAAUCUCCCUGGUGUCAUUGGUGAGGCGGACGACUCGACGGCGGCAAAAGAGGCGCUCUCCUCCCUCUCCGUCACCGCCCUCUCCGGCGCCAUGGACGGCCUCAACCUCGCCGUAGGCACAAAUACGGGCCACGUGCUGCUGUACGACUUGCGCAUGGACCGACCCUACCAGACGAAGGACCAAGGCUUCGGGUUGCCCAUCAAGAAGCUUCUCUGGCCGGGCGAUUCUGCGCCCGCCUCUGGCCCGCGCGCACGCACCGAGGCGGACGGCAAGAUCCUCUCUGCCGAUGCCAAGGUCAUCAAGAUCUGGGACAAGACGACGGGCGACAAUCUGGUCAGCAUCACCCCACCCUCCGCAGCAACCGACAUCAACGACGUUGCACACUACCCGGGAACAGGUCUCCUCAUGGCCGCAGUCGAGGGGACACAGAUGGCCGCUUGGUACGUGCCCUCCCUCGGCCCUGCACCCAAAUGGUGUUCGUACAUCGACACGCUCACCGACGAGAUGGACGGCGUCGACUCCACGUCCGCCGCUACCACGGGCGUGUACGAGGACUUCAAGUUUGUCGAUCGAUCCGAGCUGGAGCGACUCGGUAUGGGACAUCUGGUGGGAACGCAGCUGCUGCGUCCCUACAUGCACGGCUACUUUGUGUCGCUUGCGUUGUACGAGCGAGCUCGGCUGCUGGCCAACCCGACGGCCUACGCGGAUGCCCGCGAGCGCGCCAUCAAGGCCAAGAUCGACAAGCAGGCCGAGAGCCGCAUUCGCGCCACCAAGAACCCCAAGCUCGAUGCGGGAGUGCGGGUCAACAAGGAGCUCGCCGAGAAGGUGGCGCGCGAUGCAGAGGUGGCAGCGAAAAAGCAGGCCAAGCGCGAGACUCGCGCCGCCACCAGCGCUGCUCCCACCGACGGAGAGACGGAAGAGAAAGAAGCGAAACCCAAGGAGAGCACGAAUCUGUUGUCCGACAGCCGUUUCUCCCAACUCUUCCAAGACCCGGACUAUCAGAUCGACACAUCCAGUCGAGAGUUUGCCAUGCUCAACCCGUCCACCGCGCUCAAGCGGGAUGGACCGCGCAAGCUUACGGCGGUGGAGGACGAGGAGGCCGAGAGCGACCACGUCUCUUCCGAUCCGGAUCAGACCGAAGAGGAGGAUGGCAACGAUUCGGAUUCGUCCGACGAGGGCGAUUUGGGGCAGUACGAUCCGCGUGCGCGCGAUGCGAGCGGGUUGCGGCCGAAGAAUCUUAACCAGGCGCCCUCCGUGCGUGGGCCGCGUCGCGGUGGUCGACUCGUUGAGGAUGACGGUGCGGCUGGUAAAGGUGGACGACGCACGUUUGAGGAUCGACUCAAGGCUGGACCUCGUACCAGCAGACCUCGCGCCGCAGACUUUAUGGAGGAUGCAGUGGCCGGCGCGCAGAGUUACACCUGGACCCCUUCUUCCCGACGCGAUCCAGAGAGCGACGUCAAGCGUGGAGGCGCACGAAAGGCCAAGGGCGAAGAAACUUUUGGUUACGGUAUGAGCAAGGGUGCGGGCGCAGACGAGGGCAAGGGAGUGGAGGGAUUGAGCGACGAGGCUAGAUUUGGUCGUCAGAAGAGGAGACACCCCAACAGAUCCGCAAGCAAAAAUGUUAUCAUGCGCAGGACGUAG